AUGGACGGCCCCAUCAGCAGCCGUGACUUCCGCUGCCUGCAGCUGGCCUGUGUGGCCCUGGGCCUGGCGGCCGGCAGCAUCAUCAUCGGUGUGUCCGUGUCCAAAGCCGCAGCUGCCCUGGGCGGGAUCUUUAUGGGCGCCGCGGGCCUGGGACUCCUCCUCUUGGCCUACCCCUUCCUGAAGGCGCGGUUCAACCUGGACCAUAUCCUGCCUGCGCUAGGCAGCCUGCGCAUCCACCCGCACCCGGCACCAGACCGUGGGGAGGGCCAGUCCAGUGCCAACGGCAGCAAAGAGGGAGGCCGCAGCAGCCUGUCCACCGUGAGCAGAACCCUGGAGAAGCUGAAGCCAGGGGGCCGAGGGGCUGGGGAGGGCUGAGAUGGGCUGCGGAGUGCCCACCUUCCUGCAGCCUCCAGAACCCCAGAACCAGCUGCGUCCAGCCGCAAGGUGAACCAAGUCUGGAGACACUGGAUAUGCCUGUUCUCCAAGCUCCUGCACACACCCAAAGGCCUGUACCCUCCCCACACACCCCAAGGCCCUUGUACAUACACACACACACACACACACACACACACACACACACACACACACGCACGCACGCACGCACGCACACGGCCCUUGGGAAUGUCUUGCCUGUGGCUUGGGGGCAAGGUCUGGGUUCCAGUGCCACAGGCCGCCUCCGCCCCAUUUCCAGCUCUCGGCUGGGCUCUCCUGCUGGGCUGCAGCUCUGCCUCCUCCCCUUUUUCAUCAGUUGAUUCGUUUUACUGGAGUUUGGGGCCCAGGGAUAGCCCUGUCCCUUGUUUGACCUAAAAGAGAACCACAGGCCCCUAGGAAGCAGGUGGGGGGUCCUGUUGGAGCCUCUGGGCCCCCAGACCCAGCUCUGGCUUCGAACUCACUGCCUGGUCAGUGCGGGACACUGCUCAGGGACUGCUGCAGCAUCUGGGAGCAAGACCCCACAUUCCUGGAAGGCUCCUGGCCCCUGACCAAACAGAGUUCCUGCUGUGCCAAGAGACCAUGGGCCUGGACUUGGAGGCUCCCAGGAGGAGGUGGCUCCCUGCCAUGGACCUCGGCCGAAUUCCACCAUUCAAGGCUUGGCAUGACUGGCUCGUCUCCACAAGCCCUGCCAUCUCCCCCACUUCCACCACAUGAACACCAUCCUGUCUGACCUCUGGCUGCAUCUCCUGGUGACCCCACUCCCCUCCACCUAUCAAAGCUCCCUGCCUCUGAGUCAGCCAGGGACUCCACUGUAGAGCUUCACGUGCCUGUGUGGAGCCCUGGGUUCGAUCCCUGGAACUGCAAAACACAACUUCCUAACUUCAAAG